UGCAUUUGGCCCAGGCCGGGUUCAUGGCUGCCCUUGGGACCCUGCGCUGAGCCCCGGAGGCCCUGGCGUCCGGGGCCGCGCCGCUCCCAAGGGACAAGAGUGAGUGUCGGGAUCCAAAGGACCGGCGUGGGGGCGGGGGCGUGAGCCACGCGGACAUGAGGCGGAGGCUGCGCCUACGCGGGGACGCGUCGCUCACGCUGCUCCUCGGCGCCGCCCUCGGCCUCCUGCUCUACACACAGCGCGAGGGCGCGGCCCCGACGACCAGCGCACCCCGAGCUCAAGAGAAAGUAGGGGCAGCGCCUACCCCGGGCCUCCGAGUCUUCCAGGCACCGGACGCAGGCGCCGCCCCCGCCCCUCUGGCCUACGAAGGGGACACACCGGAGCCGCCCACACCCACGGGACCCUUUGAUUUUGGCCGCUACCUACGCGCCAAGGACCAGCGGCGCUUCCCCCUGCUCAUUAAUCAGCCACACAAAUGCCGAGGAGAUGGCGCACCUGAAGGUGGACCCGACUUGCUCAUCGCAGUCAAGUCCGUGGCGGCGGACUUCGAGCGGCGCCAAGCCGUGCGCCAGACGUGGGGUGCUGAGGGUCGUGUGCAGGGGGCGCUCGUGCGCCGCGUGUUCUUGCUGGGCGUGCCCAGGGGCACGGGCACUGACGGGGCAGACGCGGAGGGGGAGGGCACGCGAACCCACUGGCCAGCUCUGCUGCGUGCAGAGAGCCGCGCGUAUGCGGACAUCCUACUCUGGGCUUUUGACGACACUUUCUUCAACCUAACGCUCAAGGAGAUCCACUUCCUGGCCUGGGCCUCGACCUACUGUCCCGAAGUGCGCUUCGUCUUUAAGGGCGAUGCAGAUGUAUUUGUGCACGUGGGAAACCUGCUGGAGUUCCUGGCGCCGCGGGACCCGGAGCAGGACCUGCUUGCAGGUGACGUGAUUGUGCAGGCGCGACCAAUCCGCGCGCGGGCCAGCAAAUACUACAUCCCGGAGGCUGUGUACGGCUUGCCCGCCUACCCUGCAUACGCUGGUGGUGGCGGCUUUGUGCUUUCAGGGGUUACACUGCGUCGCCUGGCUGGUGCCUGUGCACAGGUUGAGCUUUUCCCCAUUGACGACGUCUUUCUGGGCAUGUGUCUACAGCGUCUUCGGCUCACACCGGAGCCUCACCCUGCUUUCCGCACUUUUGGCAUCCCUCGUCCUUCAGCCGCGCCGCACCUGAGCACCUUUGACCCCUGCUUUUACCGGGAGCUAGUUGUAGUGCACGGGCUCUCGGCGGCUGACAUCUGGCUUAUGUGGCGCCUCCUGAAUGGGCCCCACGGUCCAUCCUGUGCGCGUCCUUGGCCUGCCGCUGCUGGCUCUUUCCAGUGGGACUCCUAGUCACCUUCAUGGAUCCAAGAUCCCCUUCACUCAGAUCCAGGAUGAUUAUUGCCGUGUAUGUAGUUCUUUCCCAGAGGCAGAAGAGAUAUCUAGCCCCAUUUCACCAGGAGUUUGGCCUCCACAGGGCCCCAAGAAAAUAAGAUUGUGCUUGGCUCCUGCUGGCAUGGAACAAAUCGAACGGUAGCCCUUUGAGACAGCCAGGGCUGAGGCCAAAGAGCACUGGGCUCUGCCAAACAGGGACACACUUGGUCCUCCUACUACCAAGUAGGUUUUUGGGAGCUGGGAUGGAUGGUGGUAGAGGCUCAUGUAAUCUAGCCAUAGUCCUUGGUUUGGAAGCCCUAGAAGGCUGCAAAUGCAGGGUUUUUUCAAGGCUUGAGGAGGUUGUGAGGGCCGGCCUCAGACCUCACAGAACUGGCAGGCAUUUUGCUUCCCACCUGUGCCUUUUUCAGCCCUGGAAAGAUCUUUAGAUCUUCUGAAGUCUCCUUUCCUGAUGCCAUCCCCUCCUGGGCCCUGGUCUGGCUGGAACACCAGAGACAGAGGCACACAGGGACAACUGAGUGUAUGGUCCUACCUAGAGUCUCCCCACUGCAGAAGAACUUUCACCCACACAACAAUGCCAGUCUCCUAACUAGAGGCUGUGCUGCCCCACUCAGAGGAGCCAAAGAAACGAAGAUGACUCCACCAUAAAACUUGCCAUAUUCUUCAACCACCAACUUUCUAAAAAUCAACACCCCCAUGUUUAUUUUAGUACAAACAUCCCAGCAACGGCACAUGGUGAGCAGCUGCUGAGGGCGUAGGUCUUUAUUGGAGGGGUAUGGGUAGGGCAUGAAGAAAGUUCCCCUAUUCUAGGAGGAUGGGAAUAGUCCUUGCUGCCCCAACAGUGGGAUAUAUAUGGGGUGGGGUUGGGGGGUGGGGUCUCAGGCCAGGCCACAGUCCAAAUAGGAAGACACCAGUCAGUCACAGAGUUAUGGGAGCGCCACACAAGCCUGGCUGUAAGCCCAGGAAUCACUUAGGAGCCUGGGGCAGGUCCCCUGCACAUUCAUUGUUAAACGCUACAGGAUGAGGCUGUACAUGAGUUAAUUACAAAAGAGUCAUAUUUACAAAAAUAUGUACACACAUUUGAAAAACUCACAAAAUUGUCAUCUAUGUAUCACAAGUUGCUAGACCAAAAUAUUAAAAAUGGGAUAAAAUUA